CCUGCGCUUCAGCGACAGGGACGUGUUUUCACUGGUUCACGGAGCUGUCAAUCAUGGUCAAUCCCCUCCUUACCGCCUACUAGCAGGGAUUCACUGUAAACCUAUCGACCUGCUGGAUCAUCUGUCCAUUAACCAAAAGACCAUGCUGACUGAUUAAAGCCCUCCGCUUCCCCAUCAGUCCAUCAUGGCAUCUAUUUCGGUUGGAGAAAAUCAGCUGCAGAGGAUCAUCAGAGAUCUACAUGAUGCUGUGGCUGAGCUCAGUAAGGAGCACAGGGAGACAGGGGAGCCCGUCACAGACGACAGCUCCAGCUUACACAAGUUCUCCUACAAGCUAGAGUACCUGCUGCAGUUUGACCAGAAAGAGAAGACGACUUUUCUUGGCACCAGGAAAGACUACUGGGAUUAUUUCUGUGACUGUUUGGCAAAGUUAAAAGGGGCUAAUGACGGCAUCCGCUUCGUCAAGUCUAUCCUUGAGCUCAAGACAUCGCUGGGGAAAGGCCGGGCCUUCAUUCGCUACUCACUGGUGCACCAGAGGUUGGCCGACACCCUGCAGCAAUGUCUGAUGAACCACAAAGUCACCAGUGAGUGGUAUUAUGCUCGCAGCCCGUUCCUAAAGUCUCACCUGAGCAUUGACAUCAUCAACCACCUGUACGAGCUGAAUGAGAUCCAGUUCGAUGUGGCUUCCAGGGGUCAUGAUCUAGACUCCGAUUGGCCUACAUUUGCCAGAAGGACACUGGGGACACCUGCCCACCUGUGGAGACCACCCAGUCGCUGCUCCAGCGUCAACAGCCUUGUCAGCAGCUACUCACAGCAGCCCUCUGAGUUCCUCCCGGGGCCAGACUUCAGCCCGUGCCUCCUGGGCGAGCUGGGCGAGCUGAGCCACAUCUCCAGCUGCAGCGCGGCCGACGACCUGCGCGUAGAGCUCGACCAGUCCGAGCUGCGGCAGCAGGAGCUGCUGGAACGCGUGCGCGUGCUGAGCAAGGAGGCCGGCGACCUGAAAGCAGUCAUCCGCGACCUCGAGGGACAGCUGCCGAGCGCCGGAGGCAUCGGCCAGAAGAGGCAGCCGCCGCAACAUCUGCAGCAGCAGCAGCAGCAGCAGCAGCGUGGAGCCAGCAUUUUGAGCGGUCGGCAGGAGGUCGCACAGCACCAGCAAGCGGAGGAGAGCAAGGCCAACGGGGAGUUUGUGAACCACCUCCAGGCUGACGUGCGGGAGGGGUCAGAGGUCAUCAGCGUCAGGGAGGCGUCCGAGAGCAACUUGCAAGCCAAACUUAGCCUCGCCGAGAAGAGAAACAUGGAGCUCUUGACCAAGCUGGAUGGAGCUCUGACUGACAAGAGCCAGCAGGCAGCCAGCUACUGCGACUCGGCCUGGAAAAUCCAGGAGCUGCUGGCCAAGCUGAAGGAGGCCGAGGCAGAGCGGCUUGAGGCCCGAGGGAAGAGCGAGGAGCAGGGGGAUCAUGCCCAGCGGCUGGCCCAGGAGCUCCGGCUGCAGGAGCAGAGCCUGCAGGAGAGCCGGGAGCGUCUGGUGGAGGCGGAGGAGGAGCGUGGCACGUCGCUGCAGCAGGCCGAGGAGCUACGCGCGACAGUGGGCCGUCUCCAGGGGGCGCUGUCUCUGAAGGAGCGCGAGACGGGGAACCUGCGCACGCAGCUGCAGGACCUGCAGCAGGGGCUGGAGGCACGAGAGAGGCAGGCCGAAGCGGCGAGAAGGAACGCGCAGGGGGAGCGCGGGGCACUGCAGCAGAGGAACCACAACCUGAAGGAGGAGCCGGAACACAACAAGGCUCGCGAUGCCCAACCCGAGAUCACCACCGGCACCAGUACCGGUACAAAUGUCAACUCCAGCACAAACGCCGGUGCCAAAAAGGAUCCCACGGCUAAGAAGGUGGAGGACUACAAGGCCCAGUGCACCACACUGAUGGAGCUGAAUGCCAAGCUGCUGCAGACUGUGAAGAGGAACGAGGAGAGCACCCGGGAGCUGGCCCAGGCCCGUCAGGCGGCAGAGCGGGAGCUGGCCGCCCUGCGGGCCUCAGAGAAGCAGCUGCGGGCCCAUCUGGAGGCGGCCCAGCUGCCCCUAGAGGAGCAGGAGAGGAGGUUGCUGGAGGAGAACCAGCAGCUGGAAGACAGUGUCAAGCGGGCCCUGAUGAGGGCGGAGGAGGCUGAGGAGGAGGUGCGUAGGCUGGAGAAGGACAGGGAGGAGCAUAGAGAGGAGAAGGCGGAGGUGAAGGAGCAGCUGGCGUCAGCACGAGAGGAGCUGAGUACGCUCACAGCACAGGCGACCGAGCUGGAGAAGAACCUUGCAGCCUCCAGGGAGAACCAGGAGGAGCUGCAGAGGCAGCUAGAGGAGACUGAGAGGAGGAGCACUGAGAGGCCUGUGGAGUGUGAGGAGGGAAGGAGGGAAGGAGAGGUGGGGGCUAGGCAGACAUCCAGACUGGCCCUGGCGGAGGCGCAGCUGGAGCUGCACACGCGGGAGGUUCUGCGUCUGCAGGAGGACGCGGUGGGGCUGCGGGUGCAACUGCAGGUGAGCACGGAGGAGCGGCUGAAGACGCAAGCGCUGCAGGAGGUGACGGAGUCGUCGCGUGAGGAUCUGCGUGCCCAGGCCGAGCAGCUGAAAGCGCAGGUGGAGGAGCUCAACCGGCGGCACGUGGAGGAGCUGCUGCGCGGGCGCGAGCGCGAGGAAGCACUGGCGCGGGAGCGGGACAGUGAGGCGCGGGAGCGGGCGGUGCUGGCGGCCGAGGCCAGUGGGCUGCGCGAGGAGCACGGCAUGCUCAAGCGGCGGCUGGACAAGCUGGCCGUGGAGAAUGCUGAGGCGCGCGAGGCCCUCCACCGCGCUAACACCGAGACGGCCGAACUGGGCGUGCAUGUGUGUAUGCUGACGGGACAGAACGAGGAGGCGCGCCUGCGCUGGGAGAGACUCUCCGGGAGGCUCAGUGAGAUGGAGGAGGAGGGCAACAGGGAGGCGCGGAGCCACAACACCAGCCUGGAGGCCCUCCAGGAGGAGAAUGACAAGCUGCAGGAGGAGCUGAGGCAGGCCCAGGCGCUCCCCUCAAGCCUGCAGGAGAGCCAGAGGGAGAUCCAGGACCUGAAGCUCCAGCUCAGUAGCGAGGCCUCAGAGCACGACACCAAGCUCCAGGCCGUCACAGAGGAGCUUGUGAGUAUGAGAUCACAGCUGGAGAACGGACAGCAACAGGUUGCAGCUCUUGAGACUAAGAUGGAGGAACUAGAGACAAUGAACCAGAACAGCAGUGAGGUGGUUGAGGAAAAAAAUACCCACAUUGCCAGUACCCAGACUGUUCUUCAUCAGAAAGAGGAAGAAGAGAGGAAACUGAGAAAAGAAUUAUCUACAGCUGAGGAGCAGUUGGCGUUGGCCCAGAAGGCCUGUCAGGACCUGAGUGAGAGUCUUCGCCGCACCACCCUGGAGAGGCAGAGCAGCGAUCUGAAGACGUCGGCCGAGAUUGAUGACCUGUACCGCACCAAGAGGAACCUGGAGGAGAGGCUCAUCGAGCUCAUCAGGGAUAAAGACGCGCUGUGGCAGAAGUCGGACGCACUGGAGUUUGAGCAGAAGCUGCGCGAGGAGCAGACGGACCGCGAGCUGAGUCACUGCCUAGGCUGCCACAGCCAGUUCAGCUGGUGGCUACGCAAACACAACUGCAGGCUGUGCGGGCGGUCCUUCUGCUACUACUGCUGCAGUAACACGGUGAGCACCCAGCAGGGCGGGACUCGCGAGCGCUGCUGCAAGGAUUGCUACACUCAGCACAGCGCCGUGGUGGAGCGCCACCCGCAGGAGGAGCUGGGCACGCCGCCCUACCCUCCCUUCAACCCCCUCACCCCACCCAGCUCCGCCGUGCCCGGCGUCAGAGUGGCUGAGCAGUCUCCCAGGCCUGAUGACGCCGUGUUUGACAUUAUAACUGAGGAGGAGGUGAACUGUAUCUAUGACAGCGACUCCCUCUCCUACACCACCGCCUGCUCCUCUGAGAGAGGACGACAGGGGGCAGAUGAGCUGAACAGUAGCAACAGUGCAGGGGACACCACCACUGAGGAGUCUGAGGAGAUCAUUACAGCUGUGCAGGAUGCUGAGCUGUGCCUGCUUAAGUCUGGAGAACUCACGCUGUCAGUCCCCUUCAGUGUUGAUGAGAUCGCCCAGUUUGGAGACGAGUUCCGGGAGCUCUUCGUCAAGUCCAGCUGCUACAGCAUCAUCCCCAUCGCCAUUGGCAACGCCGGUCCCACUAUCAGCUGGGUGUUUUCCUCCGAGCCCAAGAGCAUCACCUUCAGCAUGGUGUAUAGAGACAGCACUGACAUCCCCCUGGAGCAGGCCAAGGUGAUGAUCCCUCUUACGAGAUGCAACUCACACAAGGAGACCAUCCAGGGCCAGCUGAAGGUCAGAAACCCAGGGCAUUACACUCUCAUCUUUGACAACUCCUUCUCCAGGUUCAUCUCAAAGAAAGUGCUUUACCGCCUGUCUGUGGAGAAACCGGUGAUCUACGACGGCAGUGACUGUCCCUAAACACACACACACACACACACACAUAUACACCCCUCAACCUCCAGAUGUGUCUGUGUGUGCGACAGACAGACAGGGGCAGGUUUGAAAGCAGCUGCCCUUGGGUCUACCUGGCACCUGUUGGGACAGAGAAAGGUUCUUGAAUGUGCGUUUUAGAGUACUCAGUAGUGGGCAGAGGAUGGCUUACAAGGUAGAAUUCUUCAGAACAGCAGAACGUUCUCCUGCGUGAUCAUCAUGUCUAGAACCCAAAGAAUAGAGCAGCAACCCAAAGCCACACAUGCAUACGGUACUUGGGAAAGCGUCUUCAUAUUAUUAUUAUUAUUAUUAUUAUUAUUAUUAUUAUUAUUGGAAACUCACCUAUACUUAUCUUUUUUUGAGAAAGCCUGUUGCAGAAGAAAUCUGCUAAGUUUGGGAUGGUGUGUUACAUAGUUUGUAUUUCCAGUGAAAUAGUAUGUUUUUAAAGGACAAGUCAGGUUGUGUCAAAAUAUAUAUAAAUAAACAGAAGUACACUACAGAAUAGUGAACCUUAUCUAUGCUAUGAUAUUGCACAUACUGUUUUUCUAAAGACAAAAAGUUUAAAUUUUUCUAAUUUACACUGACAUCUUGAAGCCUUUUGAAGAGAACAAGAUUUUUUGUCGUACUGUAGGAAUGUUUCAAGAUUGAUUCUAUUACCAAGUCAGCCUUGACUGUCAAAUAUUUAUAGUGACUUAUGAAAUGCCAACCCUUAUCUUUCAUACUUGAUGGCUAGUUUCGGAAAACAAUGUGAAGGACUGUGUCAACUGAAUGCUCGAAUUGCAUAGCAUGUCAUAACGAUGUAAACAAGAUAAGCUGUUCCAUGUAGUGACUGGAAAAAAAUGCAUGCAUGCAAACCCACUGUCAUCUCUCAAAUGGUAUUGUGUAAUAACAUAAAGGUCAUUUUUUGAAAUGAAAUGAUUCUGUACUGAUGCAGCAUUUUGAUAAAGUUAGAAGAGCAAGUGUAUGUACCAGUAUCCUCAUUACCCUCUCAAAGAGCUGACAGAAGCCUUCUCUCGCAUAGGAGGUGACUCUGGAACUGACCUGGGCCAGACUAGGGCCAACUCCAGGCCAGACUAGUGCCAGACCUAGAUUCAGCUCUCUUCAUAUCUCUGCUCCUGUGACUUUCACUGAGCUAAUGGAGAUUGUUUUUCAAUCCCUUCAAGCAUCACUGUGCAAUGAGCGCCAUAACUAAAAGAGAGAGUGUUCAAAAGAAUGAUCUCUCUCUCAGUUACAGAUGGUUGUUGCACAGUGCUCUUUGGAAAUGCAUCCCUGGCCAGUAGGAAACACUUACAGACUUGGCAGUGGAGCAUUGCUGGCUGGUUGUCUGUAAUCAACAGCAGGCAUUUUCAGACUUUUCAGACCUCUGGGUCCUUUAUUAUAUAUCAUUUUUACAUUGAACAAACUUUUUUGUAUUCAAUUGACAUAUGAGAAACAAAUGAAGGCAGAUUUUCUUCCACCGCAGAAAUUCUCCGAACUGCAUCCAGCAUCAUCUCAGUGCAAAUAAUGGAUGUCUCUUAUUACUUUUUUGUAACACACUAAGAGUACUGCAGCCUUUUGUAAACAUGCACUUUCGCAGGCAUCCCCAUCAGUUGCAUUGAGUUGGACGCUCCAGACGGCCAUCUGUGGAUGUUUCUAUGUUGGAAAUUACAUCAGUAGUAUGGUGUGGUUCUUUUUUUCUUUUCUUUUUCUUUGGUUUUUCUUUUAACUUCCUUUGCUGUGAAACCUGAAUGUACUGUGCUGUAUGAAUCUUGAUUGAAUGUACUGUCCUCUCUGUACCACUCUUCCUCUGAUCUCUUUUUUUCUUCUUUAAAUGUCACGUUCACACGUU